AAAACAGCAGCUGGUGUGCCUCUCCUCCUCUCCAGCCCAACACCACCACAGGUGCAAUGUCUAAUAAGGACAAACAAAAAAAUGUGAACCGAGAGGUUCGGAUUGGUAAGCUGUGUCUGAAUAUCUGCGUUGGAGAAUCUGGUGACAAACUGACUCGUGCUGCAAAGGUGCUGGAAUCUUUGACUGGUCAGAAGCCAGUGUUCUCCAAGGCACGCUAUACUGUGCGCUCCUUUGGCAUCCGCCGUAAUGAGAAGAUAGCAGUCCACUGCACAGUCAGAGGACCCAAGGCAGAAGAGAUUUUAGAAAAAGGAUUAAAGGUCCGUGAAUAUGAGCUCGUCGUGACAAAUUCUCCAAAGGAAAUUUUGGGGUUUUGGUACCGGGUACAAAAAGACGCCGGGAAACCAGGCAAGAUUGGGGCCCCAGCACUGUCUGGCAAGGAGGAUGAAACAAGGGUUCCAGACCCAAAAAUGAGGGUCUCAUGA